AUGUCUUUCCUUCAUGGUGUUCUUGAGAGUGUUAAGGGUGAUGAAAAUGUGACAAAAUACAGCGUUUCGUCUGAAUUAGAUGGCAUUCUCCAGUAUCUACAAAAUUCUGUAGGUAAAGGCGCUGCUCUGCUUGCUGGGCAACUUAAGGAGGUAUGUGCAUGGCUUAAUAGGUAUGAGAUGCAUCUCGGCAGGAAGACGGGCGAUGUGAUUACGCAAUUAGGUGAGUUGAAAGACAAGAAAAUUGAUGAGGAAUAUAGAAAACGCGUUUCAAUUAGUGACACUAAGCCACUUCACGAACAGCUGAGUGACUGGACAAAUGUGCUCAAGGAGGUUGAGACUGAGGUUAAGAAACUUGAAGGUGAUUACGUAAGUAAAUUUGAUUCCAGCUUAAAACAGAAAAUAAUGAGUGAGAUUAAUGAUAUUACAGAAGCCGUAUGGCUGUUGCAGGACUCCGCCAAGGAGAAGGCAUAUGUGGAGCAAGUGAAGGCUGUCGACAGGACGUUGGAUGAAGAAGAGAAGAAGUUGAAGAGGCAAAUGAAAUUAAAAUGCGAAGAGCACCGAGGUAUGGUAGCAGGAACGUUGAACGGAAUCGGCGUAAAAUUAAAAGAGCUUGCUGGAUUCAAUACGGCACACUUCGGAGGCAUCAAAAAGAAUUUGGAAGAUACUAAGGAAGAAUUAGUGAAACUGAAUUGCGAACGAAAAGGUGACAUUCGUUUUUACAUCGAUGCUAUAAAACAGAAGGUUGAUGAAAGCUACGUGAUUUUGUGCGCCAAGAAAAAGGAGCUUGAUGACUUGGUCAGCAGUGCGCAGCAGAGCUUUGUGGCGAUUCAACAAAACGUUGGGAAGCAAGGCGGAGUACCUCCGAAUAGUAUAUAUAGUGAUUGGGACAAUCUUAAAACCAAGAUGCAGAAUUUUGUUAAGGAACUUAAUGGUGCGAGCGCUAGUGAUCCUGGAGGUCAGAAAGCUGGGAUACUUCGUGAAAUGGUUUCGAAAUUCGGGACGUAUGCGGAAAAGUUCAAAAAAGAGGGGCCCGGAGAAAAUACGUUUAGUGACAUAGUUGAGGAGUGGAUUGAUGACAUUUUGAGGGAGAACGGAGUAGUGAAUGCAUGGCUUGACGCGUAUUUUAAAAAAAGGAAUAAUUUUAAAGAACCAUUUAAUGGGUGGAACAGUAAGCGAGAAGAGAAUUCAACAAGAACGAAGAAACUUGCUGGUUUGAUUGCGAAGCAGCUUAGUCAACAAAUUAAUGAGGCCGUUCAAGGAGCACAAUCUCUGCUCACCAGCACUACCAACAUUAGUGACCACGUUAGAACCGUUCACCUCGUUUCCAAGGGAUUUGCAAAUAAGAUUGGUGAGAAGAUUAAAACUGAAAUCCAAAUCAAUCAGUUCGCCUCUGAGUUAGUCAAGACGCUUCACAUGAGCGGUAACGAUGGUCUACUUAUGAGCGCCCCCUCCUCAGGCAACACUGAUACAGAUCUCUUCCGCGCCGUUCGCUACACAAUAUGUGAACUCGUUGGUGCUGCGAGGCAGGCAGGUUGGCAAAUUGGGUCGUGCACCGGCGAUGAUAAUUCUGGAACAGACAUAGGCAACGUGAAUGAGGCCAUGGAUAAGGUUGCGGAGAUUAACAAGCAAUUUAACGACAAUAAAGACGAAGACGUACGACCGCACGACUACGGCCACAACAUUCAAACAGCGUUGGAUCGUGUCGUUUCAAAAAUCGAGUCACUUGGCACCUUUUUAGGCAAAACGCUGGACCGUGGAGGCUCAAUUCAGGAGAAAAUAGACAGUGACACUAACGGCUUGCAGAGCGUCAUUGAGGAGUUGUAUAAGCUCAUAAAAGAAAGCGAAGACAAGGAACACGAUGGUAUUAUAAACAAGAAUAUAAAAGAGGUUGACUUGAAAAUGGACAAGUUGAGAGAUAAAGUGCGAGACAAGCUGAUUGAACUUGCUGAUGUAGUGUCUCAAGCUGAUGAAACAAUAAGCCACGCUAUAGAUGGCGUCAAACAUGCAAUAUCUGACGCCGCAGAAAAGACUAACCAAGCAGUCUCACACCUCAAAUCCCAACUUCUGGCGGACGUCGAAGCUGCAUUCGCCAGAGUCACGUACGAAGUCAAACAAUUGUUCGCGGACCAGAAACUUGCGGACCUAAAAGCUUUGGGAACUUUGGUUUCAAGACAGCUGAAGACCGUCAAAGGCAUAAUUGACAAGGAUUUGAAGAGCGGAUUGAAAGGAUUUCUCAAAAUACUGAGCGGCGUGCAGGCCGAUGUGUCAAUUAUCUCAGUUCCGGGUAAUAAGCUGACUGAACUUAUGAACGCCGUACAUUCACUUCCCGAAGGUUCUACGCAUUCCGAAAAAUUAACAUCCUUGUUACAGAAGUUUCAGAACUAUUCAGGACACAUAUACGAUUACGUUACAAAAGAUAUGAUGCAAAACUUCGCAUCCACACCUAAGGUGAAUGGAGAGUAUGCUGGAAAGCUCCAGUCCAUCCACUCCCAUCUCUCCACCCUCCUCUCCCACCUGCGCGAGCAAAAACACUUCACCCACGCGGUCCCCAGAAUGCUGCAAACACUCAAGACGUCCGUCCUAUCACUCCACUCCACAGCAUUCGCCAACCCCGCGUACCCCGUGCUCGACGCUUUCCCCAAGAGCCUGGUGCCGUUCGUCGAGCAGCUGGAGAAGGGGUACGUGAACAAGUAUGAGGGGGGUGAGGAAAUCACAUGGCAGGAACAUUUUUCGAAUAAUCCAACGGAGGAGAGUGGAAAUGUCUCCAAGAUAUGCCUCUCCGUUUUCUCCAUCCUAAACAGUGAUUUAUCUGAACUCAAACGUAAGUGCGAAGUUACAUCAAAGAGUGAUACAAUAAAUGAGCGCACGGAAAUCGGUCGUUUGCUUAUGGAUUGCGGUUUUAUUGUUUCCACUACCGACGAAAGACAGGACGGUGAGUUACGGAAUAAGACUGAUUGCCAUUGUGGCUUUAUUGAUUCAAAACUUGCUGGUGAAUUUGUGUCCCUGACUCAUAAGUUUAGGCUCACUGAGACAAUCUCUGAACUCUUCACUCACCUAAAAACGUAUUACCAAGUUUCCCACCAUGCCACUUUAUCCGCAACCAAGCAUCCUUCUAAUGUCUAUCAAAUGCUUACAUGGUGUGCUGGUUUCCGUUACAAUCACAUGUUUAGUAAAGUUGAUGCAUACGUUAAAACAUUGUUCCAGAAGCCUGAUGACCAGAAAAAUGAUGAUUAUUCAAAAAUUGAUCCCAUGAAACUUAGGCUGGUUGCCACUGCAACUAUCCAACCUACCAACGUGGUCGAACUAGUCAGAUCGUGCACGCGUAGGUACGACGCUAUAUCAUGGCGUGACUGCUGGUAUGGCCGGGGCGUCGGCGGCUCAGCGUGGAACUGUAAUGAGAAGCAGUGUCCCAACCAAGAGUGUAAGCUAAGUGGUGACCAAAAUGCCAAGCAAAGUGCUACCCAAAAUGCCAACCAAACGGCUGACCAAAUAUGUAACCAACACCCUAAGUGCGGCAUUAAAUCACCAUUACAAUCAUUCCUCGAAGAUGGUCUUCCUGGUUUCCUGCCACAUCAGCUCACAAAAUUAGGCUGUGGAAUGGAAUGUUCACUUGGAAAACACAGAGGUCUUCCUUGCAAAACACCUAUGGGCUUUGGUGACAUAAGUGUUGCAGCUUCACAUACAAAAAACGGCGAAUACCUCAAGGGGAUUCUUGAGAAGCUGUGUGGCAAAGCACGUAGUCCCCUUAGCAUCCUGUGCUCCUUCCUCACAUGUCUGUUGCAACGGCAUCCUCAGACGCUGGGCGACAUGUUUGCAUUCUACUUUAAUUUCCUUAAUGGGUGGGCUAACAGUGGUACGCACAGAAAAGACGCAUUUGACAAGGCUGUCAACAAGGCGUACUUCGGUGAGGCAUAUCCGCAAUUAAACGUUUUUUCAAUAUUUCAAAACACCGCACCGUCUAGCAAUACACAUACCAAUGGCGCAUUGUUGUGUCUAGUUAAUUGCGACAAUGCGGCACCGUCAAAGGCCACCUGCGGUCGUUAUCUGCAGCCUAUGGGCUUUAACACAUGGCUUGUAUUCACAGACAAGAAUGCCGACAAAUAUCUUUCCUGGAUAGUGUACUUAACUGAAACAUUCUAUGAUUUGUUAAAGAAGCUCUACGAUGACUGCUGUAUCAAGUGCAACAAGCCGGGCACCAGAUGCUACGACAAAAGUUGUGUUAAAACAUGUGUAGCAUCGCAUUCGUCUGUUCAUUCCAAUGCCUGCAAAUCAAUAGCUAAUUGUCCCUAUAGCCGCCCAACCUUGGCCAAAUACGGUUUCACACUACAGAGCCCAUACAACCUGAGCGGUGCUAAUGAUGCUAAAAAUAAGCGUACGUGUAAGGACCUAUGCAACGCAUUGAAACAUCUGCUAGAUGAAAAGAACGUCCUUUUCACAUUAGCUUACAAAACUAUCCCACAAUUCCUUUUCGAGAUCAGAGCCAAAUUCAUCUGGACUCUUGUGGCCCUCUGGUCGCUGUCGCUCCUGUACCUGCUGCACAUCACCGUCGUCCGCCUCGACGUCCUGAGGAUACGCUCACACCUGAGAUCACCCGCAAGCCACCGCAUCGCCGCGCAGUCGCUACUCGCCGCCGCACGCGUCAGGGCACUCGCCAACGUCAAGUACUUCUCACCAUAA